CUUCUUCUUCUUCCUCAAACACAAAUCUUCUCUCUCCUUCAAUGGAGAACCGCUUCAAAUUGAAGCUCUCCCGUUUUUUCCGGUCAUGCAAGGCCAAGAACCUCAGUACUGACGUCGUCAAUCUCCACGACACUACUAAAACUGGUUUCCAUGAUGAUUAUCCUCCCAUGAAUCCUGAUCACCACAAGCGUGAUUAUCAGCUCUUUGAGCUUUUCUCCCCCAAACCUCGUACCUUCCCCUCCAUUUGCCGGCCCAGAUUUCCCCAAACUUUCCAUGCUGCGGAUGCCGCCGUCGCCGCCGCCGCCGCCGCCGUAUCCCCAAUUCUACCGCCGUACGCAGAUUUUUACUACUGCGGUAGGCCCAGACGACCGAGAAAACGCAGAAAGAACAAGAAGGCGACGGCGACGGCGACGCGGAAUCACAUCCGGCGGCUGGAUUACGACGACUUUCCGGCGUUCGAGUACAAGGGCUUGUUCAGCAGUAGCGACGAGGAAGAAAACAAAGACGACGACAGGAGCACGCUGUUCUCGUCGGCCAGAUCGCUCUCCGUUUCCUCCUCCGAAUCCUCGGCGUCUCUGCGGCGGCGGAAGAAUGAGGAGGCGGCGGUGAAGGACAGCUUUGCGGUGGUGAAGCGGUCGAGUGACCCCUACGGAGACUUCAGAGCCUCCAUGCUGGAAAUGAUACUGGAAAAGCAGAUGUUUGGGGCCAAAGAUCUGGAGAAGCUUUUGGAGUGUUUUCUUUCUUUAAACUCCAAUCAUCACCAUGGGGUUAUAAUUCAUGUUUUUACUGAGAUUUGUGAAGCUUUGUUUUCUACCUGCAAGGCUUGAACAAUGUAAGGCGGUUUAAGGAUAUUACUUAGUUCGUGUAUGUCUUGUAAUUGAUGAAUUGAAGUCCAAUUUCAAUUCGUUAGACUUAUAGUGAAUGUACUAAUAUAGUUUCAUCAAAUACAAGACAUUGAACAUGAAACUUAUGUUUGAUUA